AUGGCUUUAAAUUUUUCACAUCGGAUGGUGUUUCCCCCACGUUCUCCAGAGGAUAAUUUCGUGUCGCCUUUGAGGGUCGGCAGCAGUUGCUUUGCUGACUGCAUAGCGGAGAAUGUGGAUGGGUAUUAUGAUUUUGGGAGGGAUAGUCGGUCUGAGUCUCAGGAUGUCAUGGACGAGGACAUUCUUGAUGUUUUGCCUUCGGAUCCAUUUGGCAUGAAUAUAAGCACAACCGUUACUGCUAUAACGGGUUGGCUUGAGGAUUUGGAGAUGGGUUAUGGCCGGGAUGGAGUCAUGGGGAGCAGCGAACAGUAUCAGCUGUUUGCUGGGUUGAAUUACUUUAUUUGGAAUAAUGCAUUGAGAUUUCAGGCGGCGGCAUUUCCUUCAAGCACAAAGUUUAGCCCUAACCCAAAUGCGGAUUUUCGAUUUGGUGAUGGGUGUGAGAAUAACGAGAAGAUGAAAAAAGAGGAUCUUGAGGACUCUUUGAGAUUGGGGGAUGAGAUGGUGUGCGAUUUAGAUGUUGCUACUACAGUGGAUGAGAUGAGCGUUGGAGAUUGUUGUGAUGAUGUUGAUGGAGCUUCUCUUGAUGGAGAUGAGAUAAUCCAUCAUCCUGGUUUUGGCUUAGUCCUUGCACAUUUGAGCCUGAGGGACCUAUUGUCAGUUGAGAUGGUUUGUACUUCACUGCAUUCUGCAGCUCGAGCUGAGCCAUUCUUUUGGAGCAAUAUUUACAUUGAUCAACCACUGAGUGAGAAGAUCACCGAUGACAUUCUUGUUCAAAUAACUGAUAGGGCUAAAGGUACUCUACGAACCUUGACCCUAGUAGAGAGUUCAUGGAUUACCGAUGCUGGGCUGAAGCAUGUACUUGAGAACAAUCCUGAGCUAACCAAGCUGAGUGUGCCCGGAUGUUCUAGAGUCAAUGUCGACAGCAUUGUGACUAUUUUGAAAGAACUCAAGGCUUUGGAUAAACUGGGCUUGAAGCACUUGAGGAUUGGAGGGGUCUAUGGAGUGACACACGACCACUAUGAAGUGUUAAAGUCAAUGCUGGAUGCUGAUCCCAACAAGCAGCAGAAAGCCAGAGGGCCACUCUAUUACCACAGAGCAAGCCCUUAUCUGCCAUGUGAUGAUGAUCGUGCCAUCGAUAUCGAAAUGUGCCUGAGAUGCCAUAACCAUAGGUUGGUUUAUGAUUGCCCUGCUGAAAGUUGCCAGCAAGGGAAACAUUCAGCUUUGGCCUGCCGAGCAUGCACACUUUGCAUAUUACGUUGCGCUCAGUGUGGUCGGUGUAUCAAUGAUAGUGAAUAUGAAGAAACUUUCUGCCUGGAGUUGCUUUGCGCAUUUUGUGGAAGUGCCAGUUGA